AUGACGGGGAGGACAGACCCAAAACGCGAAAAAGGGAUUGGCUCCGCCGGCACGAGACCUAGGGCUCAAAGUGAUCGGGGAUCGGGUGUCACAAUCCAAGUCAAGGUUCUUGAGAACGAUCAGCUUUACAUUCGUGUCGAGUUGCCCGGAGUUCCAGAUGACGCCGUUCGUCACAGAGUCGACGCUGUGAGGCAAAAGGUGGUGUUUUUCUCCAGUGAGACAGUCGACGACGGCAACAAGAAAGGCCCUGUUCGUGAGUACUCUGGAUCCGCCGGUCUGAGCUGUGACUGCUGCGAGAUCACAAACGUGGAUGCCAAAAUGAAAGACGGAAUGUUGAGGAUGAUUGUGUCAAGGGUCAAAGUGAAAGACCAUGAAACCAAAUGUACACUCACGUUUCCUCCUUUCGCAGGUUCGAAUUCGAUCAUCAAAACCCUAAACUCUUCACUAUGCAUAUUUGAAUUCUUGUUGACGCAAGAGAGCAAACGUUGGAGAACAAUAGCAAAUGGUGGUCUGUAUUUUUCAGUGGAUGUGCCUGGAGUUUGUGUUGAUGACAUCGAAGUGUUGGCUAAUGAGAGUGAACUCAGAUUCCAUGCUGAGAUCAAAAAUGUGUAUGAGCACGAUGAGAGUGGCUUAUGA